AUGUUGCAUUUGGACCACAAUAAAUUAUUAUAUUCUGAUUUUAGAAUUCUUCUCGCUAUUAAAGAUCGCGCGGUGCGAAGGAAUGAUAAAUCUUUUCUAAUUACCGCUAUUAAAUUGUGGAAGGAGCUACUAUCUGAAAUUGUUUCGUUACAGAUAUUUAAUGAGUUCAAAUCUGCGUGUUAUAAUUUGUUUUAA